GUCCGAGACACAUCAGCUACAGAUUAAAAAGUCACCAGUGACUCUCAAUACCAUGAUUAGGCUGCAGCACGGUGUGUUUUUAUAUCCAGAUAAAUUCCCUCCACCUACCAGUGACUACACCCUACCUGGCGUCUGUCUGUCUCCGUCCUCCGCCUGUCCUCUUUAUCAUCAUGCGGCCGCUGGAUUAACAAUCACAGCAGAUUAUAGCCAUAAUAAACUCCAAAACACACGUUCAAGGGUCAGCUCCUGUGCUGGAGACUGCGGGAUAGGUUUCGGUUCAUACCGCGCUGCCCUGUCGAGUCUUGUUGUCAUAAAUAGUUAUUAUAAGGGUCCAAAUAGAGACAUUCUACUCAGAUUACCUUCAGAAGAAAAGAAAAAAAAAGAAAACAAAAACAAAAACCUAAGCCUGUUUGUUUAAUGCAACACUUCUCAGUUAAAAAUACACAGUAUUCAAUUAUAGGUGACUUAAAACUGAUCGUUUAAUUUUGGGAUUGCAAUCAUUAAAAAUAAUAUUAUUAUGCCUUGUAUCUCUUUGUUAACGUAAGAUUAUAACACCAACGGGCAUAACCGUAAUAUUAUCUAAAUGAAUCAUUCCUCUCGGCAAAUUUGGAGCCAUUAGGCUUGUAAUGAUUUACUUCCAAACUCGCAAACAUCAAACGGCGGAGAACAAUGAGGGUCUGGCUGCUGUCUCUGCCUGCGCGACUUUAAUUCUCCAUAACAAAAGUACAAAGGCCGAGACGGAGACCAAAGGCUUUAUCCCUAAACACCUUUAACACCUCUACGGGCCGCGGCGCCGCGCCGGCCCGACGCGCACUCCGCGGUCCGUCUGGAGUGGCGCUGAGGAGGAGAAGGAGAGGAUAGGAGAGCAGCCCCGGGGAACACAGACAGCAGGGUGUGGGGAGGAGGAGGAGGGCUGAUAAGACAAAAACACCUCAUCUCCUUGACCGUCUGAGCAGACCUGGGGAAAGUGUGUGUUUGUGCGUGAAAGCGGGAGCGUGCCAUGGAGUUAAGUUUCUGUCGGACUGCGGGCAGCAUCUCCACCGGGCCUUUCUGAAGCGCAGAGGAGCCUGCAUGAGGGAGAUAUCUGGCUUAAAGAACCACCGAGAAAUUAAAAGAAAAAAAAAAAAAAGGAUUUUUAAACUUCCAUAACACCACGAAGGCCGCACACACAGAAGCAACCUGAUGCUGGCUGAGGGCAGAGAGACGCCAAUGCCGGACGCCGCCAUUGUGCAUGGUUCCGGUGGUGAUGAGCAGCAGGAGUCGUGUCCACGCAGCGCCCUGUUCGACCAAAGCCGGCGCCACCGGACUGCCUUUACACGAGAGCAACUGGCCCGUCUGGAGCAGGAGUAUGGCAAGGAGAGUUAUGUGUCCAGACCUCGGCGCUGCGAACUGGCCACUGCACUAAACCUACCAGAGACAACAAUAAAGGUGUGGUUCCAGAACAGGAGAAUGAAAGACAAACGUCAGAGACAUUCCUUGCCUUGGCCUCACCCUCUCGUCGACCCACUGGGGGCGCUUCUGUUGGGCCGUGCUUCGUCUUCCCCCGCCUUGCCUUACCCGCUCAUCCCGCCACACCUCCCCCACCUCCCCCUACAUCACUACUCUCCACUGGGCCUUUCCUCAACGGCAUCUCCAGCCCACAGUGCCUACGGCGCACAUAUACGUCCGCUGGAUGCGCUCCACCUCUCCCAGUACCACAGCAGGCCGGGGGGGCUGCCUUUAUCAUCAGCAGCCUUCUACCCAGCUGCGAGCUUAAUGCACCAUCCUUCUUCGUGUCCGUGCCCCCUGUGCCUGCACUGGGGACCAGAGCAACUGCUGAAAGCUAGGGGGCAGGGGCAGGGGCUGGGACUGAGCCGACCUCACAGUCCAAAGGCGAAUAACCAGUCUGCUGGUCUGGAGCGUAGAGAAGAGAUGGUGUAAAACCAGGCGUAAUCUGCAAGCACGUAGCAGCACAGUGACUUCCGACAAGUUAAGUCUCAACGGCAGCUGGAACUAGAAAGAAGUGUAAAAAUGUGCAACACUAAAGUCCUGCAAAAUCAACUGGCAAUGCCAAUUAAUUGCAGGCAAUGUUCUCCUAUAUGACAAACCAUAUAUUGUCUUGAUUGUUUCUGAGUUAUUUGAGAUAAGCUCAGUUUUUCUUCCUGAGCACAAAUCUGUUUUUUAGUCGCCGUAACCCCACAAUUCACAAUAAAUGUGCCUGGUGUUUCUUUCGUGUAGAUUAAAGGAUUUUCAGUUGAUUUUAGUUUAAUUACUCUUUAGGAAUCUAUUACUGUGAUAGCUGAGUUUGCAAUGCAUGCACACAAAGGGAUAUUAUAGCCUCCAUGGCUUGGUAUCCUGUUUACUUAAAUUUCUACAUAUUGACAAUUUAAAUGAACUUUGUUUCAUGACAUUUUCAGUUCGCAGCACAUGCAAACACGUCUAAAGUUGCCUGUGUUGCCUCUAAAUGCAACGCGUUUGUAUCAUUUUCCGAUUCACCUCUUUUGAUUCCAUGUCCAUGCCAACAUCUGGCGGACAUCUCCUCCAAGUGGUUGGCAUUUCUGCAGCUUCAUGUAAACCGAAUGCCUUUCUCAAUUCUCCUUUUUGUCAGUUUCAGCGACAGACAUCGUCGAUCUCUGGGAUUCUUUAACCCUUACUGCCGCGUGUGCCAAUAACCAGGGGUAUUUUUAUUUUUUUUAACAGGUCCCACUGGCGUGGAGAGUUGAGGCAAAAACAAUAGAAAACCACAACAAGUAUGCACAUAUUAGUUUGUGGCGAGUGAUGCGAUUCAGAUUUAGAAUAGGUUGAGAAGGGGAAGGAUGAAGACGUGAAAAUACACACACACACGAACACAAAGGGACAUUUCUGAAGUGCGUGUCUGUAAAAGCACAAGUGAAGACUUUAUUGUACGUAUUAUAGUUCUGGUGUCGGUUUUCAUUGUUUUCUCUGCUGUAACACUAAUAACUACUGCUCUAUUUAUUUGUAUAACCAUAAAGUUUUAAGUAGCAUUCACUGACAACUUUGGCCAUUUCAGGGUUUGGAGAGGAGAGUUGUAGUUGUUUACAUUUGAUUCAAGGACGCAUUAAAUUCCUAGUUAGGGUAGGAAAGCCAAGUGUGAUGCUGUAUGUGAGUGUGCCGCCAGGGUUUCAGUCACUGUAUUGUGAUGUUAUUAACACAUUUACUGACUAAAUAAAUCUACAUUCACUUCUAUACCUAACAUCUACUUAAAGUGAGUGUCCAAUAUUUCACAAAAGUUCACAAAUUAGUCUUUCCCAAAAUACACUGAACCCCAAAUGUGUUCUUAAUUUCAAAAAAUGUAAUCUUCUCCAUGUGAACUAUAAAGUAUCCUGAUAUGUGACUGAAAACUUUGUAUCGAACAAAAAAAACAUCAAGUUUUAAAAUAUUAUGUGCGUUUUAUGUUUUCAAUUCUUUGACCUUUGUUCACACUACAAACCAGAUGUCCAGCCCUCCAACGCAAACGGUCGUAAAAACUUCACACGAUUUUUUUUUUUUUGUCUCGCAGUUUUCAUUUCUUCACAUAGCAAUCUCAUUAACAUUUCCACACUUGAAGGGGUUUAUUCACAAAACGAAACCUUUUGCACUCACACCAUCAGAAGGAUAAUGAUGUCUUUUUUUUUUAUUGUGACGCACGAAACAAACCAAAGUUGCGCGCGAAGGAUGUUGCGAAGGAUUUAUUUGAACACUGUCACUUUCUGAGAAGAGGUCGAACUAAGAAAUAAAAUCAUUAAAAUCACAAA